UAGCAGUAGAGAGUAUUUAUUAAAGAGAGCCCGGGAGAGAGUCCGGAGAGCUCGGGCUGAAAUUGACGAGGCGCUUCGGGGAGCCUUCGCGAGAGAGAUUCCCGCCGCCCCCCCUUCCCCGGCGCCGAGGAAACUGCUCGUCUCCUUUUGCAGGCGACUUCUUUUGCCUUCUCGCCGUCACAUGUCUGAUUCUUGAGCGGAGGUGGGGGGAAACUGCAGCUGCUCCGCCCGGCGUCCGCAACCCACGUUCCUCUGCGAAGCAGAUCAAAGCCGUUUGCCACCUUUGGGUUGUCUUUGAAUGCGGUUUUAAGAGAGCCGAGCGUCUCCGAGUGGGGCUCCCUCCCCGUCCUCUUCCCCUACCCCUCGGUUUGCAUUGCCUCCCCCCUCCAACCUUUGCUUUGCUGCUUUCUCGCAUGAAUCUCCUCGACCCCUUCAUGAAGAUGACAGAAGAGCAGGAGAAAUGCCUGUCCGGCGCCCCCAGCCCGACCAUGUCGGACGACUCGGCCGGCUCGCCCUGCCCCUCGGGCUCCGGCUCGGACGCGGAGAACACCAGACCGCAAGAGAACACCUUCCCCAAGAACGACCCGGACCUGAAGAAGGAGAGCGACGAGGACAAGUUCCCGGUGUGCAUCCGAGAAGCCGUCAGCCAGGUGCUGAAGGGCUACGACUGGACCCUGGUGCCCAUGCCCGUCCGGGUGAACGGAUCCAGCAAGAACAAGCCCCACGUCAAGCGCCCCAUGAACGCCUUCAUGGUCUGGGCUCAGGCGGCACGCAGGAAGCUGGCGGACCAGUACCCACACCUGCACAACGCCGAGCUCAGCAAGACCCUGGGCAAGCUUUGGAGGUUACUGAACGAGAGUGAGAAACGCCCAUUUGUGGAGGAGGCCGAGAGGCUUAGAGUGCAGCACAAAAAAGACCAUCCAGACUAUAAGUACCAGCCCAGGAGAAGAAAAUCAGUCAAGAAUGGGCAGGCGGAGCAGGAGGAGGGGGCUGAACAAACUCACAUCUCCCCCAAUGCCAUCUUCAAAGCUCUGCAGGCAGAUUCGCCCCAGUCUUCAUCCAGCAUGAGCGAGGUGCACUCCCCCGGGGAGCAUUCCGGCCAAUCUCAAGGGCCACCUACCCCUCCUACAACUCCUAAAACAGACGUCCAGCCUGGAAAACAGGAUCUUAAGAGAGAAGGACGCCCCCUGCCAGAAGGAGGGAGGCAGCCACCCCACAUUGACUUCCGAGACGUAGACAUUGGUGAGCUGAGCAGCGACGUCAUCUCGAACAUCGAGACCUUUGACGUCAAUGAAUUUGACCAGUAUCUCCCCCCCAACGGCCAUCCAGGUGUCCCAGUCACCCACGGCCAACCUGGCCAAGUCACUUAUACUGGCAGCUAUGGGAUCAGCAGCACAACGGCUACGCCGGCAGGUACCAAUCACGUCUGGAUGUCUAAGCAACAGGCACCGUCUCAGCAGCCGGCCCCCCAAGGCCAGCAGCAAGCCCCACAGCAACAGCAGCACACACUCACCACCCUGAGCAGCGAACAGGGGCAGCCUCAGCAGAGGACGCACAUCAAGACCGAGCAGCUCAGCCCCAGCCACUACAGCGAGCAACAGCAGCACUCGCCCCAGCAAAUCAGCUACACCUCCUUCAACCUCCAGCACUACAGCUCCUCCUACCCGACCAUCACCCGUUCCCAGUACGACUAUACAGACCACCAGAGUUCCAACGCCUAUUACAGUCACGCAGCCGGCCAGAGUUCCAGUCUCUACUCAACAUUCACCUACAUGAACCCCACCCAGAGGCCGAUGUACACCCCGAUUGCAGACACUACAGGGGUGCCGUCCAUCCCUCAGACACACAGCCCGCAACACUGGGAACAGCCCGUCUACACACAGCUCACCAGGCCAUAAGGCCGCAAUGAUGGUAACACUCACUCAGACUUAUAAAAAACAUUUAAGCUAAAAGUGAAUGAAUGGAGGGGGGGGAAAGAAAUCCCAGAAUGCCUUGUGCACUACCGCAUCCUUUUGAAAGCAGCCCAGACCGUUUUUCUCAAUCCGCAAGCAAUGGACUGAAAACCUUAAUUUGAAGAUGAUUUUGUUAUUUCAAACAACUGACUUAGUUUGCCUAGGCAAGGACUUGGUAAUUAUUUUUUAACAAUAACUAAAAAUGGAAAAUGAACUCUCUCUUUCUUUUUUUUUUUUACAAAACUCAAAGUAUUCCUCUGUGAGGAAUAUUCUCUAUUUUAAAUAUUUUUAGUAUGUACUGUGUAUGAUUCGUUACCAAUCUGAGGGGAUUUAUAUGUAAUUUACUUGUUUUUAGAGAAACUUUUUACAAAAAUAAUGCUUUUUUUCUUCUGUCAACAGUUAAACACACUUAGCAGAAUGGUAUGCCUUAGCCCUUUCCCCUUGUGGUCAGAGGUAUUUUUCUAUAGUUAAUUAUCUUUUGCUUGUAGAAAGCAAAAAUGUGUUUCUUAAGUCAGAGCAAAAAAAGAAGCUUAUUUUUUUCCCAACACUAAACAGUAGCCAGUUGCACAAUAUGACAAGAGCGAUUUGAAAAGAGACUUUAUUUUUCCAGCUUGGAAGCAAAAGUUGUUGGGGUGGGGGCGGGGGGGGUUAAGGGGAAAAAAACCCACCUUGAGCCUUAAAGUAGCAUAAACGGAAAGCCUUACGAACAACCCAGAGGUAGCCCUUACAAAGGCCUGCACAGUUCUUUCACUGAGAGCCAAGCUACAAGUGACGCCUGACACAGGUUGGACACUUGUCAGCUUACCACAAGUUCUGAUGGGAAAUGUAGGCAUCCUGGUUUUACAGCUUGGCUCUCCAUUACAGCUGCAAGACUACAUUUCCCAUCAAAACUUGAGGGAAGCUGACAAGUGUCCAACCUGUGUCAGGCGUCACUUGUAGCUUGGCUCUCAGUGCCAAGGGGAAACGUUAGAAACCUGAAGGGAAGACAUCUUCCAUUUUUUAGGCCUGCCUGAUGCUUACGUUGCAGCAACCAGAAUCAGUGAAACACCAGCGUGCCCUUCCCCAAGUCCUCUCCUUUACCUUUCCCCCAUGUGGGAAACAGGUGCCGACAUUCCAAAUGCCAUCUUUCCCUUUUUAUAUAGAGAACGGAGAUUACACGUUCAGUGAGCUUCCCUGAGGUUGUAUGAGUGUGUGUGUGUGUUUUUAAAAAGAGACAGAGGAAUAUCACCUUCAGCAAGGUUCACUGAUGAUGGCAUCACAUUUUUUUUCUUUUAAAAAAAUUAUCUAUAUAUAUAUUUAUUUUGUGAAAAAAGAGGUUUUUAAAAUCAAGAGCGUUCCUUUCCUAUCUCCCUUCCACGUUAAUGUAAGCAGAAAUGCUGGAGCCUUACGCAGAGAGGGUAUAUGGUGCCUAAUAGUUAAAUUAUGGUUUAAAUCAAUAACUUCUUUUAUUUAUCUAUCUCAUUCUUUUUCAUAUUUUUUUUAUUAUUAUUAUUUUAUUCCAUUGGAAUGUGUUUUAGGUUCGUACACAUACGUCUGCUUCUUGUCGUUUCUUUCUCUUUGUUUUAAGAAUAAACCGAAAGGUUAUUUCUCUCUCUGCCAUUGUACAAACGAAAGAUUGCAAAUGAAGUGUAUCACUGAGUCAUUUGCGUUGUUUUCUGUCUCAGCUCUUCCAGACUCAUGGAUCAGGCCUGGUUAGGAUUGCCAGCCUCCAGGUAGUGGCUGGAGAUCUCCCGGAAUGACAACUGGUCUCCAGGCCACAGAGAUCAGUUCACCUGGAGAAAAUGGCUACUUUGGGGGGUGGACUGUAUGGAAUUAUGCCAUGCCAAGGUCCUUUCCCUCCCCAAACCCCACUUUUUCCAGGUUUCUCCAGGUUUCACCCUCCAGAUCUCCAGGAAUUUUCCACCUUGGAGCUGGCAACCCUAGGCCUGGUCUCUGCAUAGAUCAGAAUGAGGGGGCAGAGUCUUGAAGUGCUAGAACGGCAUGUAUUAUUUCUAAUAUCCAAACUGGGAAGUGCCAUUUCUGUAGGCUUAUGUGCAUGUGUUUAACUUGUCGGGAGCUUUUAUACCAGGGACCGUUCAAAAAUAACAUUCCUCCCCCAGCCUGAGGCGGUUCCGUUCACACCUCAAGACUUUCUCCCCUCAUUCUGUUUUAUAUGUAGGCCUUGGUUCCAAAACAGCUAAAGCAAUAGAGGGUGCAGAUCCCCCAAGCUUUGCCGCUGGACAAAUUUCCUUCUUUUCCAUAGGAUUUGACAUGUCCAUGGGGGCUUCUAGUAGUCCCUCAAAAGCACAAUGGAAAUGAAUGGAAGCUUUAGAGCAGUGGUGUUGGAUGGCUAGUUCCCAGUGUGCUGUGCUUACUUUCCUCCUUUCACUAAUAUUUGAUUGGGGGAAAGGUUAUGGGGAAACCAACAUUGGUAAAACUGUGGCCGAACAGUUAAGGAUUGCUUUUUUAAAAAAGAUAGCCAACUUUUUUUAUUUAAAACUAUAUUUGUUAACAUUUUUGUAGGGAAUUCAGUAGAAGAAAAUCUUAAAGCACUCUUAUAAUAUGAUAUCUUUUCUAUUUCUGUAUUAAAAAAAGCAGAUCUUUUUAAAGUAUUUCUGUAACUUAAAAGACCUGUCCUUUUAAAAAAAUCAAUUUUAGGUAAGGGUUUUUGUUUUUGUUUCUUGGUCUUUUUGUCCGCAAAACCCUUUGGUUCUCUUUGUAAACUUACCUUUUUUGUAUAUUAUUGUUUGCAAUAAAUAUACGUUGUAUUAAACCUUAAA